UAGCUGGCAACUGCAGGUGGUGAACUGGUUCGUUUGGACUGAUUUUUUGUCAGCAACCCCAAUUCCUUCUGUAUUGCUUCGUUAUCAAGUCAAGGGGACUUCCACUCCGUAUCUAGUGUGUAGCCGGCAAUAGGUUACGUCCAGCAAUAGAAUGGUUCCCAUAUUCAGCUGGAAAAGAACAGUUCCCAGAACUAUGGUGAAUCGAUUUUCAGUGCUUGUCUCAGCCUGCGAGAUAUUGGUAGAAGGCCUCGCAAUCUUUGUGGCACUACCGCGGGUAUAUCCUGAAGCUUCAAGAUCCUACUGGCUGAAUGUGCUGCUAGGGCUUUUCCUUUUUGCCAACACUCUCGGCAAUUUCAUAAUGACCAUCGGAGUCGACAGUUCAUCUGGAAGUGUACAUUUGCCAUCUAUUCUGAAACCGGGGUGGAACUACUGCCACCGCUGCCAAAAGAACUCCCCACCACGCUCCUACCACUGCAACGAGUGUGGACUCUGUGUAUUGAAGCGCGACCACCAUUGCGUCUUCAUGGGUUGUUGCAUAGGUUAUGCAAAUCAGCGAUACUACCUCAUGUGCAUCAUGCACAUCUGUAUUCUGACAAUCUAUGCAAAUUACCUUAAUAUGGACUUGGCCGUCAAAUGCAUUUCAGAGAAUUUUAACCUGUUAACUUUGAUUGCAUCCUUCACACCAGUGCUUGCUUGGAUUUAUGGGGUAACCCAGCCGGUGUCGUUUUUCAUUGCGUUCCAAAGUAUCACUUGUCUGUACUGUUUUCUUAUUUUUACAGUCCUAUUCUUGUACCAUUUACAUAUCGUCUUACGAGGUCAGACAACGCAUGAGUUCCGGCGCCUUGAUGAUCGGUCAUAUGACCUGGGUUGGAUGCAGAACAUCCGCGACGUGCUUGGCACUCGCUGGUAUCUUGUGUGGAUCUCUCCCCUGAUCACAUCACCGCUUCCAGGUGAUGGCGUUCAUUUCAAGUCUGAAUCUCUCUGUUUGGAGGAAGUCAAGGACUUGUGAAAAUUAAAGGAUUUAGGUCAAAGGGACAAUUUUGACCAAAAAGAAAUAUGAACAAACAGUAACUUUAAAGGUGCGAGGUAGCAUACAAAACACAGUUAAGUGAAGUUUUGACCUGUUGCAUUGUUUUGGGGUUUUUAAAAUGUCUCAUUACGUAUUUACCUUGAAAUUACAGAAUGUGUAUAUUACCACCACAGAAAGCAUUGUACAAUAAUAAGAAGUAGGCCUACUUGGACUUAUUUUAGACCAGCAUUUUAAUGUAGUUUCAUCAGUAUUUUCAGCGGUGUACUGCUUAAAUCUAUAUGUUAAAGAGAACAUGACAAUCCUUCAAUGAUAGAUUUUUCCUGAUAUGAUAGUUGCAAUUUAUUUCAUUUCAGUAGAAACAUUUAUAUCAAUACUUUACACAAGCAAGUCAAAAUAAGUUUAGAAGAAAAAAAAAUUGGUAUAAAUGUAUAUAAAUAAUGAUAGUACAUAAUUUUUGUCUGAGAUUACAAACGACUGAAAAUGUUAACAGUUGUGUAAUUUGAAUUCCAUGGAAAGAUACUGUAAUUUUGUUUUAACAAGUCAUUGUCGCGCUUCCGUCAUCCAAUUUCGUUAGUGGCAACCUGAAAAGGGAAAACUAUUGUUUGCUGUUGAUUCGUGAUGUCAUGCAGUGUUCCUUUUAAACAAAUAAAUCCACAAACGAAGAGCAUAAUUCACCGCUUAUUCAUUAAUUAAAAGAACUAGAAAAUCCCCCCAAAUAAAUAUAUAUAAAAUAGUCAGACAUGUCCGCCUCUUUCCAUGGUCAUCUUCACAUAGAUUUAGAGGCACAUCAAAGGGAUGUUUAUGUUAGAUUACCUAUUUUUUGUACCGAAUACAUAUAAAUAAAACGAGUGGAUGGCAUCUCACAUAAGUCCAUCACUAAGUAAAAAAGGAAUGAAAAAGUGACCCGACCGUAACUUUCAGCUUGCCACAAAUGAAAGUGCAUGACCGGAGCGAGAUAAACUGACCGAAUUAGUUCAAAUUGGUAUAACAUAUAAAAUUGGUAACAAUCAUUAAUCGGAUUCAGCAGGUUCGAUUAUACGUUUUAUUGUUUGCAAACAUUGAGCGCCAUUUUGUAUGGGCUGCCGCAAGUGCAUGCAUAUAUUGAAGCCGUGGUUUGCAACGUAUUUUUCCCCAAAAGUACUCGCAACACCCUCAUAACAUAUUCAUUAUUAUAAAGCAUGUUUAGAGGUAUUUUGUAUAUAUUGUUUUAUUGUUUGCAAACAUUGAGCGCCAAUUUGUAUGGGCUGCCGCAAGUGCAUAUAUUGAAGCCGUGGUUUGCAACGUAUUUUCCCCCAAAAGUCCUCGCAACACCCUCAUAACAUAUUCAUUAUUAUAAAAAGCAUGUUUAGAGGUAUUUUGUAGCGGUUGCUGAUUAUUUUGUAUUUCCAACCAUCAAAUAAUAUUUUUGUAUAAUUAACUCUUUUUGGCAGUAUUGGGCCGUCCAUAGUUCCAAAAUGUGCCAACCACGCGUCGGCGAUAGAAAGGUCUAUUUGUAUAUACGAAUAGCCAGUUCUCGCAAUACACACCAUAAUGUAUCACCAAAAGUCGUUUUCUGGCCGCAUUUCUAGGGGUUGAUCGUGGCCUACUUAUGCCAUUUAAGUCUCUCGGGUAACACUUUAAAACAAUAUAUUGCCAUUGCAAUUUCAUUGAGCACGUAUUAGUCGUUUAAACGUAUGCACCAUAUUAAUUCCCGAAUGGGACUAAAAUCCAAGCUCACGAAAUUAAAUGCACAUUUGCUGGCCUUUUUCAUAAUGUACAGUUGAAUGAAUAGGCCUAUACCGUGAAAUAUUUGUAUAAUUCUCUGCUUAAUAGCACCACACAUGUGCUUCAUGGGGAAAUGCCUAAAAGUGCCAAUGUUUUUUUUUUUUUUUUGGGGGGGGGGGGGGGACAGUUUUAAUACAGUAGUAUGUUUCAUUAA